AUGAAAAUUUCAAGUCAUUUUAUUAUUUUGCUGCUUAUUCUUAUUUUUGGUCCAUCAAUAGCAUCAAGCUUACGAUUAAAAUCCCUUCAAAACUCUGAAAAAUUAUCGAACAGCAUUUGUAGAAUCACAAAUGACAUGACAAACUCAAAAACAUACACACAGGACAUCCUUAUUGCAAAUUUAGGUGGUAAAGGUACAUCACCAUUAGCUGAUGAGAUUAUAAGGUGCUUAAAUGGAGGAAAUGCUGUUGUUACUUCGAACUUGAGAUCUGUGAAUACAGAAAUGAACUUGAGAAAGGCUCCGAUCAUUAUUUUAAUGUUUAACAAAGUUGACAAGAUGGACUAUAUGAUCUCAAAAAUGAUAAUCAAUCAACACCACUCGUCAGUUUGGAAUCACAUGGCCAAAAUCAUUGCUGUUGUCCCAGAUUCGUCAUCUAUUAAUAAUCGAAUAAACAUUCUUCAAGUGUUUACAUAUUACGGAUUCCUGAAUGUCGCGACUGUUCACAAAACAAGCAGCAAUGAUGUACAGUACAGCAUUGUUAAAUCCUUAGCUGGUGAUGUUGAAUUUCUCACAAAUCCUCAAGACAGCAACUCAGUUUUUCCAGAUAAGCUCCAAAAUAUGCACGGAUAUAACUACAGAGUUGUCCUUUUUCAGCAAAAACCAAUCGUUAAUCUUUACGAUUCAACCAGAGUUCCAAAAAUGAUGCACUUUUUACAUGCAAUUAAAAAAAUUCAAAAUUCGGGGACAACAUUUAAAAUUUUAUCAAACUCGAGUUAUUUUGAUGGCUUUUGGGAAAAUCGAGAAAUGGACUUGACUCUAAACACAGCUGUUGUUAUUGACAUCCAAGAACCUAAGUUGUUGACUUAUGAAAAGAAAGGUUACUGCAUUAUGGCACCAAUUCCACAAAAAGUUAAGUUUUCCGACAUUAUUUUGCAUAAACCUUUCGAUGGACUCACUUGGAUCCUCUUUGCACUUUCAAUUGCAUGUUCUGUUGCUGUUUGGAGACUCUUUUAUGGUCGUGGUGCUGUUGAUUCUCACUGGCAACUUGCUGUUGGUAUUUUCAUGAUGUUUAUUGGUCAAGGUGCUGAUUUCUCUCGAAAAAAUCGAUUUGUGCUUGCUGUUCUGCUUAAUAUCAUUUGCUUGUCGGUAUUCCUGCUUAGUAGCUUAUAUGAAAGUAUCAUCACGUCCUACAUGAUUGAACCAGCUUAUGAAUAUAGAAUGAAAUCUUUAGAUGACUUGCUAGCUUCAAACAUUUGUAGAAUCACAAAUGACAUGACAAACUCAAAAACAUACACACAGGACAUCCUUAUUGCAAAUUUAGGUGGUAAAGUUACAUCACCAUUAGCUGAUGAGAUUAUAAGGUGCUUAAAUGGAGGAAAUGCUGUUGUUAUAACAAAUUUAGGCACUAAGAUCUUAGAAUUGAACCUGAGAAAAGCAUCAAUAAUUAUUAUUGGAUUUCCAUUAAAUUCAAUCAAUAAGUGGAAGAUCUCAAAAUUAAUAGUCGAUCAACAUCAUUCAACCGUUUGGAAUCACAUGGCAAAAAUAAUAUGUAUUGUUCCUCAUGAUGCAUCCUAUACUCAACGAAUGACAAUUCUUAUUGCAUUUAGUUAUUCGGGAUUUUUAAAUGUCGCAAUCGUCCACAAAGCAGUCAAUGAUAAUAUUCAAUAUGAAAUAAUAAAGUCUAUGGCUGGUGAGGUCAAAUUUCUUACAAAUCCAAAGGACAGCAACUCAAUAUUUCCAGAUAAGCUACAAAACAUGCACGGAUAUCGUUACAGAGUUCCAAUUUUUCAGCAAAAUCCUCACAUCGAUCUCUUUGAUAAGACGAAGAUGCCAAAAAUGAUGCACUUUCUUAAGGCUGUUGGAACUAUUCAAAACUCAAUGACGUCUUUAAUAUUUUUACAAAAUCAUACGCUUUUUACUAAUUAUUGGGAAAGUCAAGCGAUGGAUUUAACAAUCAACACAGCUGUUGUUAUUGACAGUUCUGAACCAAAAUUAUUGACUUAUGAGACUCAAGGCUAUUGCAUUUUGGCACCAAUACCACAAAAGGCAUCAUUUUCUGACCUAAUUCUUUACAAACCAUUCGAUGAACUCUCUUGGAUCCUCUUUGCACUUUCAAUUGCAUGUUCUGUUGCUAUUUGGAGAUUCUUUCAUGGUCGUGGUGCUGUCGAUUCUCAUUGGCAACUUGCUGUUGGUAUUUUCAUGAUGUUUAUUGGUCAAGGUGCUGAUUUCUCUCGAAAGAAUCGAUUUGUGCUUGCUGUUCUGCUUAAUAUCAUUUGCUUGGCUGUGUUCCUGCUUAGUACCUUGUAUGAAGGUGUCAUUACGUCCCACAUGAUUGAACCAGCUCAUGAAUAUAGAAUGAAAUCGUUAAAUGAUGUUCUAGCUUCAGACUAUGAGAUUUUAAUGGAUGAAUUAUUUUAUUCAAAGAUCAAAGAUGUUGAUUCCUUCAAGGAAAUAAAAACAAGAAUAAAAGUAGGAAAAGAACUAAGUUCUGAUCAAUACAGGGAAGAAAUCAUUAGACAGCAUUCUGUAAUCAUUAGAACUUGUGUCAAUGCUGAAUAUGACAUUAACAUUGUAAUGGAAAAUGGCCAUCCUGUGUCAAGCUACUAUUACAUAAUACCAGAAAAAUUUGCAGACCGCUAUGUUCAGCUGGAAGCAAGUUACAUGAAUCCAUUUUUGCAGCGACUUCAAUAUUUCAUGGAUUUAUCAUUUCAAGCUGGUCUGCAUCACAUUUGGGAUGUCUAUUCAACUGAAAGAUAUGCUGGAAGUCAUGCAAUUGAAGAGGAAAGACAGCUUUUGAAGCUGGAAGAUUUUCAUCAAAUUUUUAUAGUUUUGGCUGUUGGAUUGGCAUUGGCUAGUCUUGCCCUACUCAUUGAAAUAUUCACACGUGACUGCAUAAGGCAUUUUAGUUUGAGUGAUGUUCAAAAUUGGUUUAAGCUUGUUUGUAGCAGUUGCUUUAAGAAGCAAAAGGGUCAAAAAGUAAAUGUCAGGAAGAUUAUGGUAAAGCCUUAA